AUGGAAAAUAAACAGAUUCCAUCCAAGAAAUUAGUGUCCAUCAAAGAAGAAAAAUUGUUACGUAAAGUUGAUUACGAUACUUUCAUAAAGAAGUCACUGUCUCCUAAAAAGACACCUCCCUUAUAUUUAGAAAUAACACCAACAAAUAAAACUCGCCGUCAUACUUCUCAGAAAGUUCUAGUUUCUAUUAAACCUUGUACACCACCUAUUAAAACUAUAUACAUUGCUGAAAAGAACCGAUUUAAUUGCAAAAAGGGUGCUAAAAAAUCAGGAUCGCAUCUCGGUAUCGGCGAUCAUUCUUCAGUUACUGCAAGUUUCUCUGAGGAUGAUUCUAAUUCCAAGGAAGUGAAUUUUGUCUACGUUAGCAGACCAGGGGAUAACAUUAAAAGUGAAAUAGCAUUAACAAACGAGUCCUCGAUCAGUGAUCAGGUAGAAUCAUCUACAACCAUUUCGAAAUGUUCCCAUGUUGAAGUGUCACCGAAAACUUUAUACAAUGUUAGGAAAAGGUCAGCAGAAAAAUGUUAUAUCUACACUCAGCCACAAAUUAUAAUGAACCUUCCACAUACAUCUACUGAGAGCUCGAUUGUCCCUUCCACUAGUACGCUCAAUAAAUUAAAUAAGAGAAUCGAUCAUCUCGAACGUAAACUUAUGAAACAAGAGAUGGUAUUUCGUUCAAUGAACCCUAAUCUACCUUUAUCUUCAUCAGAUGAAGAGGCCAAAGAUUACAUUAUGAAAGCAUCAGGAACUACACGCCCUGGAUGUAGUUAUAUAGAACAAUAUAGUCAUGUACCUGAAACAUCAGCAUUUCAAAAAUACACUCACCAACCGGCUCCACUAUCCCCCAGCAAAGCUACCACUUUGGAGAAAGAACACAAUUCCGAACAAUAUGGCAGAGAUUUCACUACAUAUGAUGGUAUUACAGCACGAGGAAGGCGACAAUGUGCUUCCGUUCCUUGCAAGCGUGACGAUAUACCAAGAGUAGCAGCGGAAAGAGUUCACAAAAUACGUCACAGAUUAAACCCUGUUAGAGAUUAUCGGUUGAUGGACACAAUUCAUUAUUUAGCACAAGGAGAAUUUGCUCCACGAGACGACGGUAUUAAAUUGACACCGUCUCGUGAAGCCGUUUUAAGUGAUAUUAUUUAUGAAGAUGUAUGUCGUACGCAUUGGCCAAAUGCCCGAUUAAGUCGUCGAAUACCUCAUGCCGAAAGAUGUAGUACCCGAUGUGAGUUACAAAGGUUGAUUGACAAUUUGUUAAGAGAGCGAGUAGCACACGUAGAAAGAAGACGGCGACGUCAUUAUAGAAUUGUGAAAUUGAACCAUCGACACGAAAGUUGCAGACCAGUUGGUAAAACAGGCGAUAUUAUUGUGGCUAGUCAUAAAAACAAAAGCACCAGCGAAGAAAAAGAAAUGGCCAGUACUCAUAACGCUGCUUGUGCAGAUAUGGCAGAGAAACGGCGAGAAGAUCGCAAUUUGCACAAAGGUCCACACAGUCACGAUCGCUUUAUGUUCCCAGAAAUACGACGAAAUCAUAGGUACGAACCAGAUAAUAGCGUUCCUGGACCAAGUUAUGCUGGAUCACGUUCACCAACUAAUAGAGAAGCAACAUGUUGUUAUCAUACAUCUAAUCAUUUAAAAAAAGAUAAAAAUAUAGACGAGCAAGCCACGGGAUGCCAUCGAAAGGGAAAAAUGGAGUACCUUACUAGUAGUAGUAGCAUUUCUACCAACAAACAUAAGAUGAAGAAUCCUCGACUUGUGGUUAAGAAGGAAACUUCACGUCGAAAAUGUCAGUCGAAAGAUGGACCUGACCUUGAACAUUACAUUCUUUUGCCAACAUUAGUGGUCCGCACGCCAUCCAAUGUGAAACGUCAAAAGAAAUUUAAUGAACUGUAUCAUCGGAUUUUAAAUGUGCAACUAAAUGAUGCUCGAAAUGAACCUGGGCCUCAUGAAUCUGUUCAACAAAACUCUAAUAAAAAUAUCAAGAAAGACGUCGGUUUUAAUAUCAAUAUUACUUUAUCGGAUAGCUCGCAGUAGAUGAACACUAAAUUAUGGAUAGUUGACCUAUUAAUAAAGUUAAAUCGAUAUCGCUGUACUA